GGCGUUGUUGCACUUGCGGACGAAAUCCGAGUUUGGAAGUCUCGCAGCGGAACAACUGCUCAACAGUACAACGAAGCUUUCGAACCGCUACAGAUCAUUAUCGACACGAUUGAGGAUCGCCCUAUCGAUGAGCUCAUUGGACUUGUGGAGGCUUUUGAAGACACCUGUGAUGCACUGUGGAACAGUCAGCCACCGUAUCCAGAAAGCAGAAUGCGCAGUCUCAUUCAGUGCAUGGGGUCUUAUCUGUGUGAACAAGUAGCUUCGAAAAUCAAUGGAGAGAGACUUUGGAAGGAUCCAGAAGUGAUCGAACAGCUCAAUGCAGGUAUUGCGGCAUGUUCCCAAUGGGAUCUGUCAGUGCAACUGAUGACCGGACAAACAUGGAAACGCCAAGUGGAGGAUGCUUGGAAAGGCGAGCCAGUCGAUAUGAAGUACCUCCAAGGAUUCAAGAAGAGACUUGAAGAGGUGCGAAUAGUCAAUCAAAUGACCUUCAGAACUUUAUUUUCGAAGUCCAAGUUUGCUGGAAGGAAACAUUAG